CUGGAUCAUCGUCUGGGAAAUCACUGACCAGUAUAAAACCCAGAGCCAGGGGGGGAUUCACUUUAAGGAAAGGCUGUGCAUCUUCAGGAGUUCGUGUUGAAUCAACGGGAGACUGAUUGCGUAACGGUGAUGUGCGUAAUCCAAAAGACAUCAAGUUUUACAACGCAUAGAUAACAGUAGUAAUACUUUUGAUUUUCAACUUUAACGUUAGGUUCGAGUUUUUCUUUCGGCACAAAACCCAAAACUUUUUACUGGUUUUGAGCUGCACACAGGAUAUGGCAGAGGGAGACUUCUACACUAUGGGAAACCGGCAAAGGUUUCCCAGGGAUCCGUUUGGAGAGUCGCCGUUCAGAGAUCAGUCUCCGUUCAGGGAUCAGCUCGCGUCUCGGUUUAUGGAGGAAGACUUUGGUAUGCCACAUUUUCCCGAUGAGCUGGCGAUGGACUGGCCGGGAUGGGCUCGGCCGGGCCGGCUCAGCACGCGCCUGACUCCGUCGCCUUUCAGCAGCAGUAUACGCACAAAUUUCCCCGCGCGACAGUCCACGGGAGGAGGCCCCGCGCUGUACACCAGCAGGUACGGAGAGCCCUCCUCCCGGGGUUCACCCAUUACCACCGGGGGGGAACCUUGGAAAGUUUGUGUGAACGUGCACAGCUUCAAAGCAGAGGAACUAAACGUCAAAACGAGAGACGGAUUUGUAGAAGUGUCAGGAAAACAUGAAGAGAAGCAGGAAGAAGGAGGCAUCGUGACAAAGAAUUUCACAAAGAAGAUUCAGAUUCCGAUAGAUGUGGACCCGCUCACCGUUUUUGCCUCCCUGUCCCCUGAGGGAGUCCUCAUCAUCGAAGCCCGGCAGACGCCUCCGUAUUCCCUCUUCAGCAAUGAGGGCUCGCAGGGGGCUGAAUCGCUUGAGGUGGAGGCGCCAAAGCCCCAGGAGGGACCUGUAGUCUAAAACCCCCGAAAAGCAUUCACACACAACAAAACAUGAAAUGUUUGGCCUUCUGCUUUAUAGUGUUUGACACCUGGAAUGCUAAAGUGUAAAAUGUGCAAAAAAACGCCCCUUUGUGAUAUGAUUUUCAAAGUUGGAAAGGCGAAAUGUUUUUGUAUAAAAGCAGAUAAUUAAGAGACACAGGUGAGACAAGAGGCAAAAACUUAAGAUGUUUAUUUUUCUCCCUUGUCUCCAUGUUGACCUCUAUAACAAUGAUUACAGACCAGCUGGUAUCCCAUGUUUGUACCCUUAAAUUUCAGUUACACAUUGGAUUAAAUUAAAUAUAAAAUCCCGCCUGCAUGAUGAAAACUGCUUUAUCCUGAUUAGAUUUAAUUCAGAGCCCUUCAAAAGGUAUGAGAUGACAUUUUAUAAAGUAUUUUAUUGCAGAACUCUUCUGGAUAUGUUCAUUAAAAACUAUACAAACAGAUUUAAAAAAAAAAAGAGGAAGUAAUUAGACAAUAUACCAGGCAGCUGAUUUGUCAGUUAAUAUAACUUAAACAUUUGACUAGUGUAAUGUGAAAUUUGAAUAGUGUAAUGACGAGUGUUUGAAAUUCUAUUUAUUCUAUUUCAUUGUUGAUCUUUAAAUCACUAUGUAUAAUUUCAUAUUGAUUGUUCCACUACUACUAGGUGAGUCAUUAAAGAAUUGAGAGUAUCUUCAGAACAGCAGUACAGAUACAUACUGAGUUACUGUUUUAAUUUCAAUUUUAAUACAAUUUUUAAAAAUUGUAAACCUGUUUCCUAAUAAUAUGCAAUGGAUCCAGUGGAACAGUAUUUAUGUCAAGCAUAUUGUAUUUGAUUUUUUUUUUUUUUUUAAUAAUAAUCAUAAUGUGCCUUAUUUGACUUGAGUGCCUUGACCUCUUGUGUCACAGUUGUUGCUCUUCGAAGUUAAUGAAUGUCACUUAAAGCAACUACAUGUAGGAAUUUGGUUUGGAGUGCUUUAGGGCCCACUGAAAGUCUCUGAGAGCAACUGCACUGUCAUAAGCAAACAUGUUGUUUGAAGCUAUGGAAGAGAACCAUGCUGACUGACAAGGCACAGUGAAGUCAAUGGUUUUUUGCCCAACUAUGACUCUGCAAGCAUUUUCAGCCGGUUGUUUGCGGACUGUUUGCAGGUGGAGCAUUGUGUUGUCAUGAUAUCUAAAGGCCGUAGCUUAAAGGCUACAUUGGAGAGGGUAAUUAGUUUGUAAGGCCCCAAACUUUAAAGCUAAAGUGACAACUGUUUGCCGUAAGAUGGAUUUAUUUAUUUAUUUGUUUGCAAACCUGAGACAUAACUUGUGCAUGAACUUGUGCCAAGGCCCUAUGCAAUUCUCGCAAGAUGACCUCAGCACGCUGCAAAAUUUGCACACUGCAGAAAACAAGCGAUCAGGCAGCACAGUGGGCCCUGUUGAAAGUUAUUGUGCAAUUGAAUAGACAUGUGAAACUUCUAUUUAAAAGUGGAAAGGUUACAUAUGGUUGCUUUAAACUGACAAGAAACAAAAGUCUUUUGUGUCUUCAUUAAGGGGUGAAUUGUGUGCAUUAAUAUGUUAUCUACCAUGUCAAUUGUAAAUAUACUGUAAUAUGUGACAAAUCAUUAUGAAUAUUAUUCUGAAGUGUUCAUGGUUUUGAAAUAGGGUUUGAAUUUUCUUUUCUAUUUGAGCAUUCAGAAGGACAGCUGCAUGACUGUUGGAGAGGACAGACUGAUUUUUAUGCCAAAGACGUUAAUUCCCUUCCCUCCUCUUCUGCUGAUGUCUUUGUAUCGGCUGAUGCAAUAAAACUGUCCAGCCAAUCUU